AUGUCGAGGUCGCUGCGAACGCGUCCGAUGACGCUGUAUGCGCAGGACGGUCAGCAGCCUCUCAUACCUCCUGUGGGAGCUGCUACCGCAACCAACUCCUCCUCCUCGUCGUCAUCUUAUCCCAACAAAGCUUCUUACGCACGGCAGCAGACUUCGUCUAGCAACUCGCAGUACGAUGCGCCCACACUAGCUUCCUCGAGCGGCGGAGGUGCGCUACUCAAAAAGUCCAAGAAAAAGGCAUCCGAAGUCGGCAGCAAUCUCAAAAAGCGUCUCUCGAUGCGCUAUGCUGAACCCACUCAGCUCGGUCCUGGAGGGUUCAGCGCGGUACCUGCUGUGCCUUCUCUGCCACGCAUGCCUGAGAUUCACAUCGACGAUCGUCCGCACCGCGACAUUGACGACGAGCGCUAUCUGACUGCUAUUCGCGAAACGUCCAACGAUGCCACGUACGAUCCUGACGAGAAGGAGCUCAACGCGAUCCGCAAAUCGUCCGAUACGCAACGCACACGCACCGACGUCUUCGAGGGUGAUCCCGCCGUUGACCUGCAGCUGCUCAGUCAGUCAGAUUUCGACCCACAGGCUUACCUCCGCGCUAAACUGUCGCAUCACUCCGAAUCAAGCUUGCGUCAGUUCAAGUCGUCGCUCGCCGCAGUCAAGCAAGCGGCCAACGAUGACCUGAAACGCCAGGUGUUUAAAAACUAUUCGGAAUUCAUUACGAUCAGUAAAGAAAUUGCUACGCUCGAAAACGACAUGCUCGAGCUGAAAGAGCUGCUCUCCGAAUGGAAGCAGCUUCCUCAAGCACUUGAGUUGGACGACUCUUCCAGCGCCGCUUCGUUUUCGGAUGCUUUUCCGCGGUCCAGGGCGUCGGGCAAGGCGAAUCGGAACAGCACCAUCGAUCUGCAACAGAUCUAUCGCGCCCAAAUCACUUCUCUAUGGGAAGGCAUCGAAGGGUCGCAAAAGUUUUUGCCCUACGUUCCCGGGCGACACCUCAUCGCAGAGGCGAGCAGUUUCACCGAGCUCAAUGCUGCCACGUACAAACCACAACAGAGCGUCGCUCUGUUUCUGCUAGACGAUCUGCUGCUCAUUGCGACCAGGAAGAAACGACAAAUGAGCAGUAAAGUGCGUCUCGUUGCCGAGAGGUGCUUCAGCCUGGCCGAAAUUGUGGUCAUCGAUCUCAAAGAUGGAGGUGAUUUGACAAACGCGAUCAAGAUCAAGAGGGCCAGAGAGACGCAUGUCUACCGAACCGAUCGCGCCGAAGACAAGCGAGCGCUGCUCAACGCGUUUCGUCGCGUGGCAGAAGAGCUCGCCAAGAAGCGUAGGAACGAAUCGUACGGGGCAGGGGCAGAGGGAGAUGCGCGCAAACGCGAGUCGACGCUGCUGUCGUCGCCUUAUCACGCUCCGCAAUCGUAUGCGUCGCUUGGUGGUCGGAGCAUGGAUGAUGGUGGACUGCUAACGUCCGUUAGUGAAGCUGGCGAUGGUGAUGCGAUGCAAGUGGGUGGGGGAAUGAUGGCAGCCGCUGCAGCGUCGGCCGCUUCGGAGCGCAAGGAUCCAGGACGAUGGAACAAUGACUUUGCCGACGAGCUCUCGGUCUGCAUUGCAUUACGCGAAUGGGAUCAAGCCGUGACACUGAUCGAAAAGGGUCGUGCAGUGCUGUCCACUUACACCUCAACCAACGACGCUUCCUGGAGGGAUCUGUCGGCCAAACUCACCUCGCUCACUUCUGAACUCGUCUCUGCCAUCUCUCUGGAUUUUGUGCGACAGCACCUCAAGAAGUCGCUCGUGACACGCAACGCGUCGUACCUCUUGAGACUGGAUCAAGGCGAAAAAGCGCGUCAACUGUUCCUUGACGCGCGGACCGAGUCGUUGAAGAAACGCACUCGACAGAUCAAAUUCGAAGGCGACACGGGACUCUACAUCAGCGAAUUGGCCAUGGUGCAUUUUGCACUGAUCAAAAACACAUCCGAGUGGUACAUGGCGGCGUUCAAGGAUGGAAGCAUGGCGAGUGGGUUUGUCGAGUGGGCAUCGGAGAGGGUGGAAGAGUACGCCGUCUUGUUUCGAAGGCAGGUGUUUGGCGUGCAAGAGCAGCAGGACGAGGCAGGAACGACCAACGCCGAGAUGGUGAGCGAGAUGCGCGAGAUCAGUUUGAGACUGGCGACGCAGUUGAAUGAAGUAGGAUUGGAUUUCACGUUUCUGUUGGACCGCUUGUUGCAGCCCGAGCCGAGAACUAUGGCUGAUAAGCACGAGCAGGAAGAGGCCGAGGCCGGAGAAAGCGACGCGAGCGUUCCUACAUUGGUGCUUACCAGGUCGAGCAGGAUCGGGAUCGAGGGUGAGCUACCAAAGCAUCAGAUGGAUAGGCAAAAGCCAAAGCUCCAGGGUGAUACGACUUUGGCACAGGAAUUGCGUCGACAGAGCAUGCUUCAUCUGCAAUCAUGA